AUGAGCGAUGGACGAGACCUGUUGAUUGAGCUCCAUGUCCCUGAGGGCAAUUCAUUCUGCAAACCAGACAUCGUCAUGAGCACCGAGAAUUCAAUAACGGUGAUUGACGUGGCCGUAGCGGGAGAGGACAUAAUGGACCGAGUCUACGCUGGUAAAGACCGACGCUACUCAGCGGAGGAAGUCGAGGUGAACCUUCGGAGGAUCCUGACGAAACCAGCCAAUACUCCCGUGUCUCAUAUUUCAGCAGUCGUCUCAUCGCGCGGAACUAUUUCUUCCCGUAGCGAAAGUCUUCUACGAUCCCUUGGAUUAUCUACGUUCGACCUGUCAGGCUUAUGCUUGGCAGUGAUUCGAGGAUCUCUGAAGGCCUACGAUGUCUAUGCCCGUGGAGCUGGCGGUGUUGGGGAUAACCGACGCAAAGGAACCCGGGAACCAUAUGAAGCUGGUGUCGGUGACGAAAACUAGUGGAUAAACUGGCCCUGGAGAACACCAGAAUGACGUCCAAACAAUACUUAUCCUGCCCCUGGGAUGCCUAACAGACUGUUCUUCCAAAACCUUGUAGCAACAUGCUGGCUCUUUCUGGGGCAAGAUCUGCCCAUCGUGUAAUUUCAUUUUCAGCAUAAUAAAUAAUUACUAGCCAAAUGCCUCGUCAUCUAAUUAGUGACGCGCAUGAAUGGAUUAACGAGAUUCUUACUGUCCCUAUCUACUAUCUAGCGAAACCACGCCGCGGCCGCUAGCAAGAGCGCCACCGCUCCGAACCACUCUUCUAUCCUCCUCCUAUUCUCGCACCUCCACCUAUAUCCUUGACGCUGAGGUUCGAUGCCAACGCGAUGUCCGCCAAGGCAACCCUCUCUCCCCUCUCCUCUUCAACUGCGCUCUCUCUGAAGCCCUCUCCUACUCCGACCGGCAGUUGGGCUUUGAUCUGGCUGGGGCGACGGUGGAUUCGAUUGCCUAUGCAGACGACCUCGUCCUAUUCGCUGAAUCACCUCACCGUUUGCAGCAGAGACUGGAUGGUCUGGCCAAUGGCCUCUCCCUUGCUGGUAUGGUCCUCAACUCGGCCAAGUGCGUGUCGUUCUACGUUCAAGCCCUUGGAAAGGAGAAGAGUGCAUGCCUCUGCCCGUGCGAAGUAUCAAUCAGGAGGAGUGUCUUGCGCUCGUUAGGGCCAAGGGACACUUUCAAGUAUUUGAGGGUGUCCUUCUCAUACCGUGGGAGGGUGACGGUAGGUCAUCGUUCGGUCCUGUCUGACAUGCUGGAUGAAAUAACGAGAGCACCGCUGAAGCCGCAGCAGCGUAUUGCACUUCUGAAGCGCCACUGCGUGCCAAAGCUCCUACACGAACUAGUUCUUGGGACGGCCCACCGGAACACCUUGAAGAGACUCGAUACCCAAGUAAGACAGAGCGUCCGCCGGUGGCUGAAGCUUCCUGCAGACACGCCGGUUUUCUUCCUCCAUGCGCCUGUUGCUGAUGGGGGUCUUGGUGUUCCCUGCUUGACAGUUCUUGUCCCCCUCGCUAAACCCCGUCGCCUGGACUCCAUUCUCAGUUCAACUGAGCCUGUUGUGCGAGCAGCUGCCACAGUGCCAUCUGCACUUCCCGGCCUGAGGUUAGCAGCUCAACCAGUGCGAAUGCGCCAUUCGGUCCUGGCCAGCAAGGAAGACGCGCGGAACUAUUGGAGAACUGUAUUGUACAACUCUGCAGAUGGCCGUCCGCUUGCCCAAUUUGCUAAGUCAGCCUGCGCCAGUCACGGGCUCUCUCUCCCCCCCCCCCCUGUUCGGGUAUUCCCGUGGCUUUAUCUUCGAGGCUGAGUAGCGUCGGUCUUUACCAGCAUAGACUCCGUCCAUUAUGUCCUCUCGCGCUACGGCCACAUCAAUCACCGUUAUUGAAUUCUCCGUGUUCAUGACGAUGUCUGGUUUGCAGAAGGAGUUGCCCUCGGGGACGUGGGGCUCAAUCAACAAGUCUCGUCCAUCGCUCAUCAAACGUUCUGCUAGUAGCUUCAUGACCAAAUUAUGUUGCAACACUCGGGCAUGAUGCGUUACUUGACAGCACUGGAGUAUGUGGAAUAAGGUCUCACGUUGGCCACACUGGCCUCGACACAAUACAUCCUCAGAGCCGGUUCUCCGGGAUUUGCGGGAUUUGGUAGAGAGAACACCCGCCCGAAGGUAGAUGCCACGCAAGAAGAGCCAUGGAAAGACUCGGUCCGGAGAGGAAAGCCAAUGAUUGGCACUGGUAGAUUCAGCAAAGUGAGCGAGCGGUCGACCGUCCGCGGAAGCAUAGAGAGAAGUCCUCCAGUAGUUCCUUGCGUCCUCUUUACUUGCCAGGACCGAUUGGCUCAGACGCACCGGUUGAGCUGCUAGCUGCAUACCAGGGAAGGCAGAAGGGACAGCGGCAGCUGCUCGUACUGCAGGCUCUUUUGGGGAGAGCACUGAAUCCAGUCGUCGGCGCUUAA